AUGGACAAAUGGUUGGUAAAUAAGCGAAAAAUUGAAACUGAUGAAAACGAACCUUCAACUUCGGUUUUAAAACGUAAAAAAAAGACAAGAAAGUAUGAUUCAGAGUACCUAAAAAUUGGUUUUUCUUGGAAAGAAGAUAAUGAUGAACAACGACCACAGUGUGUAAUUUGUUUUGAAGUACUUGCAAACGAGAGUAUGCGUCCGAAUAAAUUACGUCGGCAUAUUGAGACUAAGCAUCCUGAUCUCAUAGAUCAUAUGUUAUUUUGUGAACCAAUUAUUCGAGGUACUAGUGAGGAAAUAUUCAAUACACUCAAUACUUAUAUCAAUAAAAGGUUAAAAUGUGUUGGAUUAUACGGUGCUAGAGCUAUGUGUGGUAAAAAUAGUAGUGUUAUAACUCGAAUGCUUGAAGUUAGUCCGAAUGCAUCAUGGACUCACUGCAACAUUCACAGGGAAGUUUUAGUAUCAAAAAAUCUGCCAGAUAACUUGAAAAUUGUAUUGAACACUUCUGUGAAAAUAGUCAAUUUCAUCAAAACAAGGCCACUGCAAUCACGAUUAUUUGAAAAGUUGUGUGAAGAGAUGGGAAGUUCUCACAAAUCUCUUCUUUUGCAUACUGAAGUACGUUGGCUAUCAAGAGGAAAAGUAUUAACAAGACUUGUAGAACUCCGCGAAGAAGUUGCACUGUUUCUUAAAGAAAAAACUGAUUUGGUAAAAUCGUUGCACAAUGAAGAUUUUAUUUUGAAGCUAACGUAUUUAGCCGACAUAUUUGCGAAAUUGAACGAACUAAAUUUAUAUUUACAAGGUACAGAAGGAGACGAUAUAUUUGCAGUCCAUGAAAAAAUUAGAGGUUUUAUGAAAAAACUUAUUUUAUGGCAAAAAAACAUUGAAAAACAAAAUUAUGAUUGUUUUGAAACAUUUCAAACUUUCAUAACCGAAAAUAAUAUAAAAGUUCCUGUUGACAUAAUUAGCCAAAUCACUUUGCAUUUAAUUUCAUUGAAAGAUAACUUUAACUUUUACUUCCUUGAAGAAAUGGAAAAAUGUCAAAAAAAUAAAUGGGUUGUGAAUCUGUUUCAGGACGCUAUAUUAACAGGGAUAUCAACAAAAGCUGACGAAGAACUCAUUGAUAUAUCUGAAGAUACAUCAUUAAAACUUAAAUUUAACCGAAAUAAUUUGAUUGAGUUUUGGCUAUCAGCUCAACAGAAAUGUCCAACUCUUUCAACUGAAGCUUUAAAGGUAUUACUACCUUUCUCAUCAUCAUACUUGUGUGAAGUUGGAUUUUCGGCCAUGGUGGGCAUCAAAAACAAACACAGAAACAAGCUCCAACUAUCGCACUCCUUGUGUUUGAAAGUAGCUAAAAUUGAUGUCGAUGUUGGUGCUGUUAUUAAAAGUAGCAGGAAACAAGCUCAUUCAUCUCAUACGCCUAAUUAUUAA